CCAUAUAUGUAGAAAGCAUGUCAACUCUAGACACUUUCUAUUUUCUGAUUGCGUUGUUGUGGAAGAAAACUGGGUGAAAAGAAGAAAUUUCUGAAAAUAUAUUAACAUUAAAUCAAGCUUUUGGAACUAAGAACAUAGAAAUAAGUAGGAAACUCCUGUGAAUUACAAGUGUUAGUGGCUGUGUGCGAGGAGGCGCUAACCACGAAUAACGGGACUAAACACUUGCAGUAASUGCAAAAAAAGUCAAGGGAAAAGAAAAGAAAAAAAAAUCGAAGAAUCCCCUAGCGAUGGCUGAUGUUGAAAAAUUGACAGCCGCACCAGCGACUGAUAUACCUGUUUCAUCUAUAAAUGCCAACGACACGGUAACAGCGAGCGGUAGCGCGGCCGAUCUGGGCACCUCGCCCACACAGGAGCCCUCAAGCAAUUCGCAUCCUCAUGACUCUGAGUACGACACCGCUAGUGAUUUAGAGGGUGAUUACGACGACGAUGAGAGCGAUAGCGAGGAGGAGACGGAAACCGACGACGACGAAACCGAGGAGGAUGACGAUGAGCUUGGUAGCGGUACCGUUAGCGGUAAUGGGCUCGAUCGCAGCGGAGCCGACAGCGAGGCACAGAAGAAAGUUGAUGAGGAUCGCAGCAAUCCUCAAUAUAUACCAAAACGUGGCACCUUCUAUGAGCACGACGACCGCACGGCCGAAACGGAAGCCGACGGCGUUAUUGAUAUUGGCAGCGAUGGUGGCCAAUGUCCACCGGGUGUGGAGCCCACUGGCGAUGAUGUGUCCAAUGGCAACACUGCCACAGGAUCUACGUCGGCUGGACAGACGCCAACCAUAUCACAGGCUUCGAAAACCAUGAAGAAAUGGCAGCCAGCUUCAGGCGGUGAUCGUUGGUCCCACGAUCGCUUCGAGGCUAGCGAGCAGGCGCCCAAAACUCGAGCAGAGCUACUGCAAUCCUAUGGAUACGAUAUACGCAACGAGGAUGCGGCGCCGCGUGCCCGUCGCCGACGACGUUAUGGGCGCGGACCUAGCAAAUACUCGAGAAACUGGGAGGAUGAGCAGGCGUAUCUGAAGGCCAGCAACAAGGAACGCAAGCCCCCCCGACCCCAGGACUUCCCGGCACUCAACGAGCGCAGCAGCACAUCCAGCAGCAACAACAAAGUGCGUCGACCGCGCAACUCCAUUUCGCGCGAGGAGAAGGAGAAUCGCGGCGAGCGACGCAACAAUCAUGCCGCCACUGCAGCUGGAGUGUGCAACGAGAAACAGCACGCCACUGGCUCCGGCUCAAUGGCAGGAGGCAAGUCGCAGGAGCCGCGUGAGCGUGAGCCCAGGCAGCGCAACUAUGGACGCGCCAAUGGUGGCCACAAUGCCAACGGACGACAAAAUGCCAUGGAGUUCAAACAGAAGUCAAAUCGUGGUUCACAUGGACGCGGCGAUCAGCGCGAUUAUGCGGAGCAACGCGGCGAGCGGGAUUACCAUGUGAACAGAUCAAAUGGCAGCGGACCCAAACAGAUAAUCGAUAUACAGACACAUCAGCAGCAACAGCAGCAGCAACAGCAGCAACAGCAGCCACAACAACAGCAGCAGCAACAACAACAACACMGGCAACCACAGCAGCAGCAGCAGCAACAGCAGCAGCCACAACAACAGCAGCAGCAACCACAGCAGCAGCAACAGCCUCAGCAACAGCAAAAGCAUCUGCCAUUGGUCACAUCGAAUCUAUCGCAUCGUUUGCAACAGGUGCAGCAGCGUAACGAUCCUAGCCAUGUGGGCAGCGUGCAAAUGCACUCGCUGGCCGCGCAGAACCAACAGCAGCAGCAACAGUUGCAUCUGGCACAGCAGCAGCAGCAGCCGCAACAAUUGCCAGCGGAGCAGCGCAGCGGGCCUAAGCGCUACUCCAGUCUGAGGCGCAGCCAGCACGAGGCCACACAGCAACAGCAACAGCAACAACAGCAGCAGCAGCAUCAUCUAGUGGAACAGCAACAAAUGCAGCAACAAUUGCAGCUGCAACAGCAGCAGCAACAACAACAGCAGCAGCAACAACAAUCGCAGCUAAUGCUGCAGGAUCCUCACAUGCUCAUGCAGAUCGCCUACCAACAGCAGGAGCUGCAAGCGCAGCUGCAGACACUGCAAUUGGGCCCAGCACCGCCAGCAGCGGUGGCCGCGCCUCAGUCCAAGCAACAUGCGCCGCCCGCAGGAGCCUAUCCACAGACGCAGGGCGCGCCCUAUUAUGAGUCGGUGCCCGUGCAGGUGCCUGUGCCGGUGCAGGUGCCGGUGCCCGUGUCAGUGCCGCAGGCACCGUAUGUGAAUCCGGCCAGCAAUGCCUAUCUGCCGGCCACGCCAGCGGCCGUGGCCUAUGCCCAGGCACAGUCGGCAGCCACGGUGGCGCCACAGCCAGCGCCUCAGGCGGCGCCGCCGCUGUCCACGCAGGCCGGCCAGGCCUAUCACCAGAAUUAUAAUACGGUCGGCGGCACCACAUAUUUCGUGCCGCCGGCCCAGACCACAACCCGCCCCGCUGUGCUGCCCCAGAGACGACCCACCAAUGCCAUACCCAUCCUGCCGCCAUCCGAGAAGCAUAAGACGCGCACGGCCAAACCGGACGAGGGGGCCAGUGGCAGCGGCAGUGGCAGUGGCAGCGGCGACAACAUCGAUCACAUCAUUGACAACAUGUUCGUGCAGCGCCCGGCCUUCCAGCCGCCGCCCGCGUCGGCAGCGGAGACACCGAGCGACGAUGGCAACAGCAGUGCAACUGUUGCUCAGCCAGCGGCCGUUGACCAGACCCACCUGGUGGCUGCGGUGCCCGGGCAAGAAUGAGUGCACGUUUAUGCUGAUCCGCGGCAGCAGCAACAGUUGCAAUUGCAGCAGCGACACCUGCGCAGCCAUCAAGCACAGGAGGAACUGAUGUCCAGUGGCUAUGCCCUGCUGCCGCCCCAGAUUAGCUACUAUCGUGCCCACUAAAGGGCACGAAAAACCCGAAGAUUUUGACGAGAUUGUUUCUUUAGCGGAAGGGAUCUGUGAUCCUUGCCCCAACACUCACUCAACCUUUUUUAGAGCACACACAUACACACACACACACACACAUUUGUAAUUAGCGAAUAGUUGCACUUAAUCGAACUAACUAAGGUCGUUUCGACUACACCCAGAGUUCAGCGUAAGGCUUUCCAAGUAAUCCAUAUAUAUACUAUAUAUAUCUAGUAAUAGAAAGUAU